CAGAAACUCCAUCAACAAUGUACGAGAAAUUUCUUUAAUGGAUAUUUAAGCAGGAUUUACAUUUUCAUUAAAAUCUGUGAUGUAUUUAUAAAUGAUGACUUUUUGUGUUUCUCUAGCAAUGGAUCAGCUGUGGUUCAAACCAGGCUGGUGUUCAACUCGUCCUCUCCUGUUCUCAAUGAGACUGCCGUCCUCAGUGCUCUCCAAGCUCUGCUGAACUCUACACUCUCAAACCUCACUGAGCCUGUAAAAGUGUUGAAUUACACCAUUGAGGAAUUUUCAAACGGCUCCUACGCAGUUAACAUUACAUUCAGCAUCAGUAACAUCAGCAUGCCGAGCAACCCUGACCUCAGGAACGAUACCUUCACCCAUGUGGAGAACAUCAUCAAUAACACUGUAAACACACUUCUACAAAAUUCUGGUUCAGAUCCCUUAAAACCCACUACCUCCAACUUCACGAUUUCAGAGAAUGAAGUUACUGGUUACAUGGAAUACAUUCUCCAAAACUCUAGGAAUGUGCCGACUUCUCCAGAACCUCCAUCAACAAUCAAUGGAUCAGUUGUGGUUCAAACCAGGCUGGUGUACAACUCGUCCUCUCCUCUUCUCAGUGAGACUGCCGUCCUCAGUGCUCUCAAAGCUCUGCUGAACUCUACUCUCUCAAACCUCACUGAGCCUGUAAGAGUGUUGAAUUACACUGUUGAGGAAUUUUCAAACGGCUCCUACGCAGUUAACAUUACAUUCAGCAUCAGUAACAUCAGCAUGCCGAGCAACCCUGACCUCAGGAACGAUACCUUCACCCAUGUGGAGAACAUCAUCAAUAACACUGUAAACACACUUCUACAAAAUUCUGGUUCAGAUCCCUUAAAACCCACUACCUCCAACUUCACGAUUUCAGAGAAUGAAGUUACUGGUUACAUGGAAUACAAUCUCCAAAACUCUAGGAAAGUGCAGCCUUCUCCAGAACCUCCAUCAACAAUGUACGGAAUCGGAACUGUAUACAUUUACAUAACAUUGAAAUUCAAUAACUUGAUCACUCUACCUACUGAGGCUGUGGUUCUCAGAGCUGCUAAUGAAAAGCUCGAUCCAAAGAUCAGAAGACAGCGUGAUACUACAACAAAACUGAGUACACCUAUCAGUAUACAGAACAUCAAAUAUACUCGAACGGGCAACAACUCAUUCAGUUUGGACAUGGCAUUCAUGAUCAGCGAUGUUAAUAUGUCUGUUCGAUGUGAUUUCAACUAUAGCUUAAUACAAGAACAAAUCAACAUCCUGAUGAAUGCAAUCCUGACUAAUCCAAAGAGCCAACCAUUUAUCUUCCCAUGGGCAAACUUCACGUGUAAUGUUUCCGGAUUAGUGAUUGUGGCUGAACAAGUAUAUGUCUAUAACGAGACGGAUAUAAAGACACCAAGUGGCUUUCUUGAUGACAUGCUCAGAGCAAGUGGUCUGUUGUACUAUACAAUUCCUGCCAUUACAAGCAUUCAGCCCACCACAAAACCUGGAAACAGCACCUCUACAGGGGCUGCAUGGAUUUUGGGCUUCGUUAUCCCAUGUGGUAUAGUCCUCAUUCUUCUCCCAUGUUGGAUUCUACUCUGUUGUAUUCUUUGUGGAUGCUGUGCAGGAAUUAGAAGACGUUGGCUCAGGCGACGAUCAUACAACGUUCAGUAUCAAACUCACAGCAGCCUCUUCUAAAGCACAACAUACCAUACAUUCUCAAUUGGAGUUAUUAAUUUAAAGUGUCGUAAUCUGUCUUGAUGUACAAAAGCAGAUGCAUUUAGACAUACUAUUCCAUACUACACAGAGGUAAUUUAGUUAAGAUUAAAUCUGUAAAUAUGUUAAUUCUGUGAAGUAUCUCUAAUCCUUUAAUGCUUUCUACCAUGUAUUAUAUCCUGUACUUGUAUUGCUGGACGUACACAGGAUAUAUAUGAAAUGAUUCAAAUGUAACAUAUUAAAGAAUAUGCAAUCACAAGAUAUUAUUCAUUAAUAAAUUAAUUUAUUCUUCUAAUUUAUUUUCAAACAAUAUAUGUUAAUUUAUUACUUUAUUACUUUAAAAAUAGUACUAUACAUUUCAUUUCAAAUAGAGGGAUGUUAUUUCUAAAUAACUGUAUUUAUUUACAUUUAUUUGCACUUUAUCAGUUUGUCAACAAGUAAUCAUUGUGCCAUGUUCUAUUGUGUGCUAUUGUUAUGCUGUGUAAUAUCAAUGCCUUUGAAGCACUGUUCUACUUAUGCCAUUAAAAUUAUUCCCCUGAA